AUGCAUGCAGCAGAAGAAAGGAGACACAGAGACAGAGGAGAGGCCUGGCAGCACUUAGCUGUGAAGGCGCUGCAGCGGCUGCAUGCGCUUGGGGUCCUUAAUAGCAACUUGCUGCUGCGCCCUAUACCCCCUAUACAGAUUCAGGGGGCCCCCAGGGAGACAGCAGCAACGCUGCGGGGAGACGAAUACGGAGACCGAUCCCACGCUGUCUGCGGCCAACACCAGCACUCAGGCAAAUGCUGCUGCAACCCCACACGUCAGACACACAACACCAACUGCAGCAGCAACUGCAGCAGCAACUGCAGCAGCAACUGCUGCAGCAACUGCAGCAGCAACUGCUGCAGCAACUGCAGCAGCAACUGCUGCAGCAACUGCAGCACGCAGACCGCUCCCACAGCAGGACCAGGAACAGAGCACCAACUGCAGCAGCAACUGCAGCAGCUGCUGCAGCAGCAACUGCAGCAGCAACUGCAGCAGCAACUGCAGCAGCAACUGCAGCAGCAACUGCAGCAGCAACUGCAGCAGCAACUGCAGCAGCAGCUGAAGCAGCAGAUGCAGUUUGUGUUUGGUGUGUCUCCACAGGACGGAUCAAAAGCCCAUUGA